UGGACGCCAUGCCCUUAAAAGUCGACUUCAAGAGCUUGGUUAUGAGCUUGACAAUGAGAAUCUUGACAACAUAUUCUGGCGUUUCAAAGAAGUAGCUGAACAAAAGAAGAGAGUAACAGAUGCUGAUCUUCGAGCAUUGGUAUCUGAUGAAGUUUUUCAACCAAGUGUUGUCUGGAAGCUGCUAGAUUUGCAGGUCACCUGUGGAACUCUUGGUCUUUCUACGGCUACCGUGAAACUCCUCGAUGCUGACGGGAAAGAGCAUAUUAAUUGUGCUGUUGGAACGGGGCCUGUAGAUUCAGCUUACAAGGCUGUAGAUGGCAUUGUGAAGGAACCAGUUACACUUCUCGAGUAUUCGAUGAACGCUGUCACUGAAGGCAUUGAUGCAAUUGCCACGACCCGUGUUGUAAUAAGAGGGGAAAACAGUUACACAUCAACUAAUGCAAUGACAGGAGAAGCAGUUCAACGAACAUUUAGUGGUAUCGGGGCAGGCAUGGACAUAGUUGWAUCAAGUGUCAAGGCCUACAUUGGUGCACUAAACAAGAUGCUUGGUUUUCAAGGAGUUGACAUUAAGGUGACUGAAAAAAGAACAUUGUCUGCAUAAAAAAUAUUGAUUUGAGCAGGAAGAAUGAUGAUGGUGGCAAUCUUGCAUAAAAGCUUCCAGAAUUUUGCUCAUGAAAUUUUCGACCGAGUAAGUUUCGGGAUCUUAUAUCGUUUGUAAUUUAGUUGUUUGCRUGUUCUUUGAAACCUUUUCAGAAGUACCUGCUUUAAUGUUGUAGUUUGUAAACAGUGAACUGGCUUUAAUUAUCAUUUUAUGAAUGAACCCUUUUCAGAAGUACCUGCUUGAAUGUAA